UCUCUCUCUCCCUCCAUCUCCCUCUGUCGCUGUCUCUCUCUCUCUCUGUCUCUCUCUCUCUGUCUCUCUCUCUCUCCCCCUUUUACGCAAGCGGACGUCCACGGCGCGGCGACACAAGUGCGCACUACAGGCGAGAGUGCGAGGCGGACGGACGGACGGACGGACGGACGGACGGACGGGGCGGCGGGUACCGGAGCGACGACGCGGCGGUGUAUCUGUCUUGUUGGAGACCCGGGGACCGGACGCUGGAUUUGUUUAUUCUCUGGAUUUGCUCCCGGGGCUGGGAUAACUUCGCAUGGGACACAACCCGCCUCAUUUAAUGUCAUCCACCGAAUUGUUCCACCCGGAGUGUUGACGCCAGUUGUGGUGUGUUUGUGUGUGUGUGGGGGGGGGGGGGGCGAUUGACAGAUCGGCGACAUGAAUACACACGCGACAUGAAUACACACGCGACAUGAAUACACACGCGACAUGAAUACACACGCCGGGUAGAUGCAAAACACAAAGGCGGUCUUUAAACGUGAUCUGACGGGUGGGUGGGGGGCACUGUGAUGCAGCAACGUGGGUCGGUUUAAAACGGAGACGAGGAAAGAGAUGCUCCGCUGCACGCUGGAGGUUUCGCAGCGCGGAGGUUCAGUCUGUUGUUGACGAUCUGAACUGCGUGGAAUAUAAUGCCUCGGGACGCAACUUUGUCCACAGAGCCGACAAGACGACCGCGGCACGUUUGAUCAUAUCUGACCAAAAGUGAUCUAUUCGCGAGCGCCCGCCCCCCCCCCCCCCCCUGGCGGGCGUGCUGUUAGUUCUCCUGUUCUUCUUGAAUAUAGCUCAGCCGAUGCUAUUUCUCCGUGAGCCCAGCGCUGCUUUACGGUUCACAUCAACUCCAAACCCCCGCAUCCUUAUCGAUGUCCGUGUUUGUGUUAAAUGUCGAACUGGAUGAGCCCCCCCCCACCCCCGCCCCCAAAAGCUCUGAAGCCGUGUUGUCAAAUGAUCGGUUCAUUGUAGGCAGGCCUAACCUUCGCUUAUGCGGAUACAAUCGAUAGCGAGAUAAGAACUGUUCCGGAGGCAGUUUAUUCAACUCUGUAAGGGACAACGGGGGUGUGUUUUAAAAUCACGCAUAUCCUUCUUUUCUUUUUUUUUGAACACAUGCCCCGACGCGGCAGAGAGUGCUCAGUAGAGACUCAAAAAACACUGCGUGGAGAGAAAGGAAGAAAUCCAGUAUAGCACAUCGUCUCAAGAAAAAGUUUCGAUGGUUUUCCGAAAGUUGCCCGGCGUGUCGGCGUCGGGCAUGGGUCUGCGCCUGUCGCAGAAGUUCGUGUUUCUGCUCUUCCUCUCCGGUUUGGUGACGCUCUGUUUCGGGGCCCUUUUCUUUUUGCCCGACUCCGUCCGACUAAAGCGCAUCUUUUUAUCCAAGACCGAGACCCAGCCCGUCACCGUGGGCUCCGGGUCCGAGAACGAUGCCCGGGAACCCUUGAAACGACCCAAGGACCCGGAGCCCCCGCGGGGCAUGACCCCGGCCAGAGGGGAGACCAGCACCAAGCUGAAGAACCUGAGCCGCAAGCCGACCGUGUCUCGCGAGGCGACCGAGGAGCGGCUCGCCGCGGGGAAAGCGCUGGAGGACUUCACUCUGCCCAGGUCCAGGACGGAGUCCGCCUCGGCGAAGGCGACCUCCUUCGCCCGCGGCGCCCCCUCGGAGCCUUUCAGUUACGGCAAAUUCAAAGGGUGUCUGCUCAAACCCCCGCUGGGACGAGACAGCGGCCGGCCGGCCGACCCCGAGACCAACGAGCGCCGCGAGAAAGUCAAAGAGAUGAUGAAGUUUUCCUGGGACAACUACAAGAGCUACGCCUGGGGCAAGAAUGAGCUCCGGCCUCUGACGAGAAACGGGCACAUUGGCAACAUGUUUGGUGGCCUGAGAGGAGCCUCCAUCAUUGACUCACUGGACACACUAUAUAUCAUGGGACUGAUGGAAGAAUAUAACGAUGCCAAGGAGUGGGUGCAGACCAGCCUGGACUUAAACUCUAACGGUGAGGCGUCCCUGUUUGAGGUGAACAUCCGUUACGUUGGCGGCUUGCUGGCGGCGUACUACCUGACAGGAGAGGAGAUGUACAAAAGUAAAGUGAUGGAACUGGGAGAGAAGCUGCUGCCUGCCUUCAACACGCCAACCGGAAUCCCUCGAGGAGUCAUUAACCUGGGGAGCAGUGGCACCAGUUGGAGUUGGGGCUGGGCCUCAGCUGGGAGCAGCAUCCUGGCUGAGUUCGGGACUCUUCAUCUCGAAUUUGUCCAUCUGUCGGAGCUCUCCAGGAAUCCCAUCUACACAGAGAAGGUGAUGAACAUCAGAAAACUACUGAACAAGAUUGAAAAACCCCACGGCCUGUACCCCAACUUCCUCAGUCCAGUCAGCGGCAACUGGGUCCAACAUCACGUUUCCAUCGGAGGCCUCGGGGAUAGUUUCUACGAGUAUCUGAUCAAAUCAUAUCUGAUGUCAGACAAGACGGACGAGGACGCAAAGAAAAUGUACUACGGCGCGCUGGAGGCGAUUGAAGCCAAUCUGGUGCAAAAGUCCCCCGGGGGUCUCACCUACAUGGCCGAGUGGAGGGGAGGGAUCCUGGACCACAAGAUGGGCCACCUGGCCUGCUUCUCCGGGGGCAUGAUCGGCAUCGGGGCCGACGACGGCGCGCCGGAGAAGAGGCAACACUUCCUGGACCUGGCUGCUGAGAUCACACACACAUGCCACGAGAGCUACACUCGCUCAGCCACCAAGCUCGGACCUGAGGCGUUCAGAUUUGACGGCGGAGGAGAAGCAACCGCAACCAGGCUGAGCGACCGAUAUUACAUCCUACGACCGGAGGUCAUCGAGAGCUACAUGUAUAUGUGGAGACUGACCCACGACCCCAAGUACAGAGAGUGGGGUUGGGAAGCUGUUGAGGCCCUGGAGCAACACUGCAGAGUGGAGUCUGGCUUCUCCGGGAUCCGUGACGUUUACUCCAUGACAGCCAGCCACGAUAACAUGCAGCAGAGCUUCUUCCUCUCAGAGACACUCAAGUAUCUGUACCUGCUCUUCUCUGAUGACGACCUUCUCCCACUGGAGGACUGGGUCUUUAAUACAGAAGCCCAUCCGCUGCCCAUCAUCCGCAAGAGCUGCAUGCAGGACGAAGCGACGCUGGGCAAGACGGUCUCCGAAUGAGGCUGAACGCGACCAACAACCGAGACAGGCGCAUUUGCACAGUUCAUGUGUACACACAGAGUCGCACCAACAUGGCAAACACCAAUUCGAUGUCGGUUCAGAGUCUUUUCAGGAGCGCGUUAUGGACUCUCAAUUCCUUUCCAGUAAAGGACGCCGUCGUUUUACGCUGUGAUUGUAUAUCCUUUUCGCCGGGGGUUACUCCCUGCUGGCAAUUUUAUUUUUGUGAACAAUCAAGACACACAUGACUUUAAUGAAAAGAGCACCUUUUUCUUUCCUUCUUUCCUCCGUGAGGAAACCAGUAUAACUUGCAGACCCAAAUGUAGUGGGAGGAGUUGUUACUUAUGGGUCAUAUUGUUAGAAAGAGAGAGAAACGUAUUGAAGACCACUUGAGUUUUGCUCUUUAAGUUUGUUGUUUCGUUAAUCUUAAGUGAUGAAUGUUUUCCUUUUAUUGUCAUUGCAUCUUUUCCUUUGUGAGUACACUCUUUGACCAAAGGUUUCUUUGCAUUUUUAUUUCCCUCUUUCCAGUAAUGUGUUUUUCGUGAGUUUUGACUGAAAGUAAAAACUAGGCUUGAUUUGUAAUGAAUAUUGAUUAAUGUACAGGCAAACACAAACAUGUGAUUCUCAAAUUCACCUCCAAACUAAUGUUGAUGUCAUGUUUCUUACUGAAACAAGCUUGAAUGAAUUUCUUAAAAGUUCGGAGGUGUCAGGAAAGUGGCAGUGUAUGCCACAAUGCAUCCAGGGACAAUUAAAAAAAGAAUAAUGUUG